CCAUGCAGAUAAUUUGUACUGUAACGCUUUCACUUUGAACACGUCCUGGAAACGCGUCCUCGUCUGAAUAAUACAGUUAGUAUAAUAGACAUGGAUCGUUACUAAAAACCUCGGGAAAGUUUCGGUUUUAUCGAAGAAUUAGAAUAUUUUUUAAGUGCGUAACUAGUUUUAAGUAGCCCAUCAAGAACAGAAGCGCGACCAUGUUGUGUGGAUACCGGAAUGGCGACUUAAUAUGCUUAAUGUGUUUCUCCGUCAUGUUCGCUGGAGUUGCCACCGAACAAGUGAGAAGACCAGCACCCACAUUUGAAAUCAUUGAGAAAGGAAAUUAUCUCAUUUUUAAUGCAAGUGCCCCUGAGUCAGCUGCACCUCAUUGUUGGAAAUAUGUGUUUCAGUACAGAAAAUGCAAUGAGGAACAAAUCACUGUGAAUGUAACUGAAGAUAACGAAUGGAGAGUCAAGGUGCAAUAUGAUGCUGCCUGCAAGUACACUGUUCAAGUGCAGGCAAAAUAUGACACAACGUAUUGUGGUGAACUCGAACGUGACAGUGACAUGAGCGAACCUGUGUAUUUUGGUCAGAAUGGUGAUCCAAAUUUGCCAUCUAAGGUGGCUAUGAUUGCCAUCCCUAUAAUUCUGUGCUUUUGUAUUAUCGUUGCUAUGGUGCUGUUUAGGAGACACAAGGACAAGUUUCUCCCCAGAGUUCCUACUCCAUCACAUUUCUUCAAGGAUAUGUUUGACAGUGACAAAGAAAUGACAAAGCAGCUAAAUGUAGGAGAACUCUAUGUGCCUAUUGAAGAGGUCGUGGAAGAGCUCCAUGUGGAGCCAAAGACUUCACACCUACAUCACGGAUUGUAAUCAGUAAAACAACAUAAAGGAUGAACAUGUUCCAGAUGACGCUUGGCACAGGAGGAAAAUCAUGCAGCUUUGCAAAUACACUGUUACCCUAGCUGUAACCCAAGUGCAGCCAAAAUAUACGGUCUAAUGUGAGAAUUCUUGACAUAUGAGUUCCAGAUCCACUGCCUUAUUCAAAUCAGGUCUAGGGACUGAGAGGGUCAUGGCAGAAGCACCUUUUAAGGUAUUUUUCUGUUGAUUUUUUGUUGUUUUUGGAUUGAUGUCUUCCUGCAGAAAGCACCUACCUUUCAAAUUUAAUCCCUGAGUGAUACAUAUCAUUCUGAUGUAAAAAAAAAAAAAAUUGACAGCAAACCAGAAUUUUUCUUUCUAUUGUUGUUUUGCUGUUGGGUGUUAGAAUGGGAAAAGUGUUCAGAAACAUAUCCGUUUUUACUUCAUUCUAUUGAAUCAGACACCUUUUAAACCAACAGAAGAUGGUUGAGAUGUGGUUGUGGCUAAAUGUGGCUAAAUAUCUAGGUUUAGGUAAGCAGCUACCUAUAUGUUCAGCUAGCUAAAUUUGUUCCGUAACAAUUCGGUUUUACAUCUGGAACAUGUCCACAGAUAACAAAAUUAUAAGCAUCAAGAGCCUUAUAUGCCUUUCAGGGAGGGAGUGGGAUUGAUUCUCAGCCCGGCAAUGUCCUCUGAGCAGCCCAAGAAUGUGGCCCCAUUAUGCAGCCCACACAUUCACUUGUCCACAAUGCCAAAUACACAGUUUAAACUCUAUUGAUUAUUUAUUUUGAAAGAUAUUGGACAGUAAGCACUAACUACAACACAAAUUAAAUAAGUAUGUACAAAGAAAAAAGGCUUAGUAAUAGGCCUAAAAUAAAUAUAAAUAAACUUAUAAUAGUUUAAAUAGUAAACUAUGAAUAAACUGGUCUAAUGCAUGUCAAGUUAAAAUAGAAAACAUACAUAAACGUAAAGAGCAGACUUUCUGAACAUAGGCCAUUAUAAUAAUUUUGUGAUUAGGCUGUACUAUAAUAACUUUGACACCAACAAAUCAGAUAUUCAUAAAUACCAGAGCAAUAAUAAAAUUCCUUGACGUUAACUGAACUGAAAGUAGCUUGAAGAUUAAGGAAAGGUGAGCUACCUAGAAACUGUAGCUUGUCAAGCUAUAAGCUUCUCAUCAUUUAAAGCAGUAGAGCAUCUACUGUAACUUUUCUCUGUAGAUAAUUAGCAUUUAUAUUAUUUCCAUUGUGAUGUAAAUAAUAGAAAUCAUUUUUAUAUUCUUUCGCUAACGCUUUUGUCCUCUUUAAUCUGUCUUUUUCCGUUCCAUCUUUUCGUUUUUGCUGUCCAGAGCUGCCUGCAGCCUACACUGCAACAAGUAGCUCUAAGUUAUAACGCUGACAUUAUAUUUAUUGCAUCACCAACUUUUGGAGGAAUUGUCCUGGUUCUCCCAAUUUGCCACUCCGGCACUGAUGCCUUCAAUUUCUCUCUAGUAUGAACGCUCCGAGUUUCUAUGAGAUAUAUCUGGUCAUUAUAGGCUAGACUACCACUUAGGAUCAUUUAGCCACUGACAGGACACCAAGUCAUAAGGAUCUUCUAGAGUUACACCAUUUGAAAGUGUUUGUUUAGCUGAAUAGCACUUUCUGUCUAGUGGUAAUCCAUAAUAAGUAGAUAACAUUUUAGCUAGUGUCAAUCUGAUUCCGAAAUACAUCCUAAAUAAAUUCUUGAUAGAUUCUUCAGUCAGAUUGUAACCAAAUAGCAUCACGUUACUUGGGCCACUCAGAUUUUGUAACCACAUCUCUUUUUCUUUACAUGUGUUUUUGUUAUUUAUUGUGUUUUUAUAGAUGAAUUGCAAAGCAGAUUUACUUUUUUCUAUCAUAUGUUCUGUGCAAACCCAUGCUAAAAUUUGUACUCCACUGCAGUAUGAGUGCCACUUAAAAAUAUAGAGUAACAUGUCUGUUGCUGUGUUGAACAUAUCUAAAUAAAAUAUAAUUUAUUUUAA